CUCGCCGCCUCCCAGCCCGGCAAGAAGAAGGAGCAGCAGCGGUCGGAGCAGCCGCCGCGCCAUGCGCCGGAAAGGGGGCGGCCGCUGGCAGGACGAGGCCGCCGACUCCGGAGCCGAGACGGCCGGGUCAGAAUACAGCUGUGUGUCAUCUUCCAGCAGUGAACUUUCUGUGGAAGAUGUACAGGAUCCUUUCCUUCUUAGCAUGCACCUAAUUGCAGACCCAGGAGACUCUGGUGUCCUCCAGCAAGCCAUCGAUAGCCUACUGGCAUGGAUCCACCCUGAUCUCCAACUCUUCCGCGUUUCGGAAAGGAGGAAGCCAAGGAAGCCCGACAAGGCCAUCGUCUCCCAGCCAGCCCUUGCAGUAAUCCUCUUUCUGAAGGAAGAAUAUGAUGAGGUGCCGAUCCUGCAACUUCACGAGUCCUUUCAAAGGCCACCCUGGCAUUACCACCACACGGAACAGGUGCAUGGCAACUUCCUCCCUUACAUGCCAGGCAGCCAGGACUUUUUCACCUUGGCACCAGGCACUCCUCUGUGGGCCAUACGACCAGUGCAUUACGGGAAGGAAAUAAUACGCUUCACCAUCUACUGCAGGAAUGAAAAAUUUGCCAGCGUUAUGAAGCUCUACGAACUCAUUCUGAGAAGACGGGUUUGUCAGAAAAAGGCAGGCUUUUGUGUGAUCCCUGUCUAUUCCAAUGUGGAUAUUGAUAUUCAGUUGUCUUUAAAGAGGCUCCCCAAAGGCCAUGUGCCAAGUCCCACAGACUCAGCGCUGCUGGAAUUCCGAGUCAAAGAUAUUGAGCAGCUGAUGUCUCUCCUGCCGAAUCCUUGCAGCCGGAUCAGCGAAGGCAGGUGGCAAACUGAAGAUCCUGAUGGGAACAAGAUCCUCCUGCAGCAGGCCCGGUAUAGGAAGUGUGGUAAGCUGAACAAGUUUUCCUCGCCAUCUCCUGCAAGGCACCUUCCUGUUACACCGCUUCUAAGUUUUCUUCCCCAAAGCAGCAGAUGGACUCCCAACAAAGCCAGUGAUCCUUCAAAACCAGUUUAUUCCAUUGCGUUUCACCAUGCCAGUCUGUGCCUUGGCGUUUCCCAGCAGGACUUGAGAAAUCACAACCAAGCACUUUCCGCCGGAAGACCUGGUGGAGCCUCUGCCGACUCAUUUCAGCGAAGCAAGUCUCUUGCUUGCUUGCCCACAAUGCGCUCUUCGCUGGUCCCCAAAUCUUUUCAUUUUAGCGAGCCAAAUUCAUUAAGCACUUUCUCUUCUGGACACAGGACAAGAAGCAGAGUUAACAUUGAUGACUUGGAAGGAGUUCAGGAGACUGAUGUGGACACAGGGAUGAAACUUGCCUUCGCUGAUCUAUCUGUGGUCUCGGCUUACUCAGUUUCAGAUGGGUUCAGUAGUGACGUGGAAGCAAAGACUAAGCAUCCUGUACAAGGGCAAAGUGUCAAGAGAUUUAAGGAGCCCGGCUCACGAGGAAGAUCCCCAUCAACCAAGUGUAACAUCUUUGAAUUAUCUUCCGGCUCGCUUCCUUUUCCUUUUGAUUGGUUUUCCAGCUCUUCAGAGUCACAUUCAGGUUCCCCAUCAGCUGGUUCCUUUGAGAUAAAAUGUUUGCCAAGAGGAACCGUUUUCCCUUUUGCUGACAGCAGAACAACUGGUGGUGGGAAAAGCAAUGAAGAAGAAUUCUACAUCUGAACCUGUGUGUGUGUGUGUGUGUGUGUGUGUGUGUGUGUGUGUGAGAGAGAGAGAGAGAGAGAGAGAGAGAGAUAUAAAGAGAAAGCUAUUUUCUUUAAGUGCUUGGUUAUUGAGCCAGUUUCCACCCUGCGCCCAAGACCUGUUUGCUGCCCUGGGGUCUUGUGGUAAGUGUGUAUGUUUAAUUUCAUUUCACUUUUAAUUGGUACACCGCCUUUCUAUAUUACUAUACACAAGGUGGUUUGCAAGCUGAAGAAACAACAAAAUAGGCAGCAAAGAUCAUGCACCUAAUAACAAUCUGAUCCAAUAAUAAAAAUAUAACUUUAAAAUAAGCAGCUUACAUCAAAUAAAGCAAUAUCCAAUAAUCCAUUAGAAUAUAAUAGUAAACAGUAAAAUUAAAUGUCAGCAAAUAAUAAUUAAACAGUUUACACUUAGCAAUCACAAUAAAGAAUGACUAAACUAUAAUACGCAGGUGGCACAUUGGGACGCAGGUGGCGCUGUGGGUUAAACCACAGAGCCUAGGACUUGCCAAUCAGAAGGUCAGCGGUUCGAAUCCCCACAACGGGGUGAGCUCCCAUUGUUCGGUCCCUGCUCCUGUCAACCUAGCAGUUCGAAAGCAUGCCAAAAGUGCAAGUAGAUAAAUAGGUACCGCUCUGGCGGGAAGGUAAACAGCGUUUCCGUGCGCUGCUCUGGUUCGCCAGAAGCGGCUUAGUCAUGCUGGCCACAUGACCCGGAAGCUGUAUGCCGGCUCCCUCGGCCAGUAAAGCGAGAUGAGCACCGCAACCCCAGAGUCGUCCAUGACUGGACCUAACGGUCAGGGGUCUCUUUACCUUUACCUUUACCUUUAAACUAUAAUUAGUAAAAAUAACGGCAAGUCACAAUGCACAAAAUACCACAAAACAUACAAAAAAAAGUAAAAGGAUCAAAUUGAGAAACAGGGACACACAACUCAUGCAAUUUAAAAAUAUAUAUAUCUAUCCCUGAAGUCCUCUCUUUCC